AUGGUGGCCGGUACUGCAAGAGUAGAAAAAGAAAACUUGUACCAAAUCCUGGGAGUCCGAAAAAGGGCGACUGCGAAAGAGAUCAAGUCUGCGUAUCGUCGAAAAGCAUUGGAGACCCAUCCAGAUAAAAGAGCCAAAGAUGUUCCGGAGGAACAAGCCGCUGCCGACUUUCAACGAGUGGUCCAUGCCUAUGAAGUCUUGAGCAACAAGGAUGAUCGAAACGCCUACGAUCGAACGGGACAGACAUCGACGCAUCAAGGAAAUUUCCAGUUUCAUUUUCACAGGCCUCCUCGUCGCCAACCACAACAACGACAGGGCAACAACAAUAGCCUCGCAUGGACCAGUUCAAAGUACAAGAAGCACAAAGUCGAGUCCUGCAUGUGA